CACCGGAGGAGAGACGACCGACCGACUGCGUCCGACGACGGCGAGAACGGACGGCUAACUACAACGACGACGACGACGACGACGACGACACGACGAUACACGGGCGUAUCGCGUUAUCACCGAGCUCGUUUCGUCGCGAGAUCGCUGGACGUUCGCGCGGACGAGACAAGUGCGUCCUAGACGACGGUGCUUCACGUUUGCUAAAACGUGCUUCGUGGUUUUAACACGCGGUGGUGGUGGUGGUGCGUCCCGUCGAAAGACCUCGGAGCGAGAAGCGGAAAGAGAGAGAGAGAGAAAGAAAGACACAAGGAAGACAGAAGCGCCCUGGCCACUCGCGAAGGAUCGCCCUGUACGACGUUACCUUCUGUCACCUACGUGCCAAGGCCAGCACGAAUCGCGCGGCGGCAUCCCGACCGAUGCCCCGUCGACGGAUUCAAGCCGGUGACGACGACGACGGUGCGAGCGUGCUGUGCAUUCGGUGUUAGUGCAUCAUGUGAUUGCUUCCACGGGCUGUUCUCUACGCCACGGUGACGGAUAACUAGACCGUGUGAAGGAUGCAGGAACCGACGGCAUUCCCGCACCGAAAAGGGAUCCUCGCCCCAGUGCCGGUGUUGGUGCUGCUGAUACUACCAUUGGUCGAUUUACCCUCCGCAAACGGAGCCUGCGAGUUUCCCUCGAGUUGGACCGGAGAAUGGUACCAGUACGGCAAGUCCGUGUUCUCUAUAAACUCAACGAACACCACCCUCGGGGAUAAACAGUGCGUCGAAAGUGCGGACGAUAAAUACAUCCUGUAUUACCCGAACGAGGACUGUUACGAAUGUAUGAUCAUCACCGGACGGCACGACAAUGUUAUUCAGUAUCGCGAAGGUUGGUGCAGACAGGAGGAUCGUGCGGGAAUAAAUCUGGAGGAGCUGUGCGUGGACAUCACGUCGGACGACCCGCUUUACUCCAUCUUCCGCAUAAAUUCAAAACCGAUUCCGUGUCCGUUCAGCGGAAGCUCGUUCACGUUCACGUAUAAUCGGGGUUACGGCGAGUGCGCCAUGCCGAUCAGUCUCGCGGAGAAAUGCACCGACGAGAGCAAAUUGCUCCUCAAGUAUCAGGCCUGCCCGGACGUCGACGGGACCGAGAGUAACACCGAGGAGCUGCAGUGUCUCGCCGUUUGGAACGACGGUCGAAAUAAAUAUCUGGUUGGGACCCUGAAGGGAAGGAGCGCCGUGGGCAACGGGAAGACUUACAGGUGUUUCUUGUACGAGGAAAAACCCCAUCGUCAAGGAAAGAUAAAUUAUUUACUCGCUCAAUCUGGCGAUCCAACCUGCACCGGCCUAACGACCGUUUUCGAAGGCUCGUCCACCAUAAAACUGAUGAAAGUCGACAAAGAGCAUAGCAGAUGCAAAUAUCCGGCCUGGGUGACUCAGCACCAUGACUGGCACUCUCUCGAUGACACGAGGAACUACCAUUUCACGAGCAAGAACGCCACGUUGAGAGUCACUCAUCUGAAUGCCGCACAGACGCAGGAUGCCGACGGCGAAACUUAUCACGAGGAGAAGAUCGUUUGCCACAAUUUGGAGAAAUUAAAUCCGAACGACAAUAUGCAAGGAAACAAAGUGAAACUGGUCGCUCAUGUUACCAGCGGCUGCGACAUCGGUUACGUCUGUAUGAUAUUCCACAAGAGAGACAGUCAUGUCAUCGAGAUACAACAAUCAGAUCAAAAAGCGAUUAUGCCAGACGAGGCGUGUUCCAUCUCGGAUCCUUCCACAAUGCCGUACACGACCUUAAUAACCUCGAACCUGCAUCAGAGGAGAUGUCCUAAUCCGGGACAACGAUACGCGAUGAUCUUGGAUUUCUCUUCGUCUUCGUUGCCCGACAACACGGGUCACAGACGGCAGCGGCGUGACGACAAACCGUCGAGGAUCACCAAGCGACGAACUUGGCAGGAGGACGACGAGUGCAGAAACACGAACAUCCAGAUCGGCUGCACGUCGUCCGAUCAGUCCGAGAUGAUAUUCGCCAACACGUGCGAACACGAUGAGACCUAUUUCUGUCACGGCAGCUGGGAGGAGAAGGGCACAUGGUACACGAUAGCGUCGAAACCGAAGGCCGUUGGCGUACCGGGAGAAACUUUUUGUUUUUCUAUGCGUCUCGAGACCGUUAGGGACAAAGCCACGGGGAGAGGCGACAGGCAGAAGCAACAGAAGCAGGAGCUCUGGCACUUGAAUUCGUCGCGCACUUGUCAGGGGAAUGUCGAAGACAUAUGGACGUAUAAACUCUCGAGUCAAGGAGUAUGCAAGGACUUAACGAAGGUAGUCUCGAGCGCGGCGCCCGCCCUGUCGUUGUCCCGGUUUCUGUUUACCUUAAGCAUAGCGGCUUACGUCGCUAUUAAUACGCUGCACGUAUUACUCUCGAGAUGAUCUGCAGCUAUUACGUAAGAGAAAUCAGGGGUUACUAUAAUUUCCAGCACGAAUUCUCAGGUAUUGCGUGUUUCUGGAAGUGUACAUAGCUCACACACAUACACACGUACACACACACACAUAUACACAUAUUAUUUGACAGCUAUUGAUCGAUCAAGCUGUCAAUACGCGAAAGAGUGACGUGGGGGAGCAGCGUGCAGCUAACAGCUAUUAUCGACAAUAUUAAUUUCCGUUCCGUUUGAGCAGCCUAAUAACGCAAACCCGGCAAAUUAUAUUAUACCCCCGUUGAGAAUGAGACGGUCUAUACACGCCAUUCUCACGAGUGUUGUACAAUUAUUUUUUUUACUACAUUAUAUACAUAUAUAUAUAUAUAUAUACAUAUAUAUAAUUUAUCGCGUGGCUCGUGUUCUCUGGUACGAGAUCGCAAAAACUUUAUAGACUACUAGCGUUUCUCCGAUAGAAACGUGCAUUAUAUAUUAUAUAGAUAAGUAAUUACUACCGCUUGAAUUGUUGACUGAAUUGCAAGCGUUUUCGCGACGGUUCUGUUUUGCGCGCGUAUAUAUAAAACUUCGCCCGCAAAAGGGAACGACGAAUCCUUUCCUUUGCGCGAAAUAGUAUAACGACGUAUGCAGGACUGGGUAAUAUUAAAAAUGUGUGUACAUUAAAAUUAUACAUUUUCUCUCUUUUACACAAAAAAUGCGUAUUUCAAAUACAGAUAUAUACUUUGCGAAGACUUAUAUUUCAAAGUAUGAAAAACGCUGUUAAAAAUGUGGUUUUAAGAAACAAAAAAAGAAAUACAAAAUGUGUACGAUAUUCUUUCGGAAAAUUUGCUUCAAAGUGCGAGGUAACAAUAUUUCGCAAAUGUAUCACGGAGAUAUUUAUGUACGUGUGUCGUUAAACGUGUAUUUGGAAUACUCUUCCUAGCCCUGACCGUACUUUUUGAGAUUACGGAGCGCGUUGUUUUAAGCCUCGGAAAUCGCGACUAUUUGAUGUAAGUCUAAACUCGAGAAGAAUUAUACGGACACACACACACACAGACACACACAAACACUGUAUAUUCUUAAGUAUAUUACCGCGCUAAAACGUGUAAAUACGACCAGGGUAUAAGCAACGGAGAUUUUUAAUUGGGUUAUUUUUUUCGAGGACGCGACGUUUGGGAUGCGUGUAUCCGAGGUGUAAUAUUUAUAAAAUAAUAUAUUAUACUUGACAUAUACACACACGCACAUCUAAAACACAACCACCGGAAUCGGAACUCGUACUUGGGUCUAACGUAAUAGCAACGGAGACAUAUAGGUUUUAUCAUUUAGCUAGUAAUAAUAUAAACUCUGUAAAUAAGUGAAAUAUUGUAUAAAGAGACUGUUUUUAAAAAAGAGUAUAUUAACAAGUAUGUACCGCUCACACGAUAUAAUAAUAUUUGCAUUUUGUCAAUGCGUGCGUUCUCAAGAGAUCGGCCUCGCAAAUUUAAACAACAUCCGCACAAGCACCCGACACUGUCGCCGCGCAAGGAUUUGCGCGAAUCUUCUCUCUCUCGGGAGAAAAAUUUUAAUUUGCUCUGUCAAAAUCUGUUGACCCUAUUCUCGUGAACUCCGCUACACAUUUGCUAGCCAAUGAUUUGUAACAAGAGUAAUAAUUAUAAUAAUUAAUUACAUAUUUUGUAGCCACAGAAGAAGAAGAGGUCAGAGUUUUUUUUUCAAAGAAUUUAUCGGCUUUCUAAAAAAUGACGAAAUGUAGUCCGCAAAUUGUCAAAGACCUGGAGGUGUCGUUCACGUUCGCGAGUUUGACGAGACUGUACACCGUCUGUGCGUCAAAAAAAGAUUUUUUCCAACGAACUCGAUGUGAUGCGACCGAGUGUGGUGCGUCUGCGGAUGUAUAUAUUACAUUGAGACACAUAUUUGUCGCGCGUGUGUGAAAUACAGAGCUUUUGCAUUUAGCAUAGAGUUACUGGAUGUCGGAACAGAUCGAUCACGUAUCUCGUUAUUUGCUAUUUGUCGUCGAUAAUACACAAUUCGGGGCGUUACGUAUCGGGGGGUUUGUGUCACACCCGCGGCUGUACACGUUGUUUGGUGUUAAAUCUUUAGAAUUUCACUCACGCCGUAAUUCGUGUAUUACGACGAGCAGACUCUUCCGAAAAAUGCAUUUGUUGUUUUUUUUUUAUUUUUUAUCGUGCACAAAUACUCGGCCGGCAAUUUAUAAAUUCACUCAUUUUAUAUAUUAUAUAUAUAUAUAUACAAUUAUUUUAUAUGUAUAUAUUAUUUUAUAUAUAUACAUUUUCU